UCCAUUAUUGCCUAGUGUGACUAUAGCUCAUACAUUCAUGAACUUUCGUGUAAUUGGUGAUGUCUAAUAUUGGAUAGUAAUGCAAUUAAACGUGACAGUACUGUUGUUGCAAAAAAAAUAUGCCACGAUUUAAAAUAAAGAGUAAAGGUUAAGUUACGUAGUUGAAUAUAUGGAUUUCUACGACGUUUGUGUAUGAAUUGUCAGAAUUUAAAUCCAAACAUGAAGUCUUCAAUAACAUUACGCUAUUUUAAGUUAUUUGCUAUUCUUGGUACUGGUGGCAUACUUACCUGUUGUCUAAUGACAUAUCUUUUACUUGAUUUAACAUUCACACCAAAGAAACAAACGACUAAGGAUACUAUUGAAAACAAUCAAUGGUUACAUCUACAAAACAGAUUAUCGAAGUUAGAAGAAGAUUUAAAUAAUCAUCAUAAAGUUAUUAAUUCCAUUAAAAAAUCAUCUUUGUCUGUUGACAAUUUGGAUCUCUUAGCUAUUAAAAAAACAUUGAAUGAAUCUUCGACUGAUUCUAAAAAGUUUAUAUGUAAUGUCAACUCCCAAAAUGUACCUGAAGUUGAUAUUCAAAUGCUAGAAUUGUAUAAACAGAUGGAAUUUGAUAAUCCAGAUGGUGGAGUAUGGAAACAAGGCUGGUCUAUCAAAUAUGACGUAACGCAAUGGAAUCGCGAUAAGAAACUUGAAGUAUUUGUUGUUCCUCACUCACACAAUGAUCCUGGCUGGUUAGAAACUUUUGAAAAAUAUUACAUUCAGAAAACACAGAGGAUCUUGAACAAUAUGGUAUCAAAACUAGGUGAAGAUAAACGAAGAAAGUUUAUCUGGGCUGAAAUAUCAUUUUUCAAACUUUGGUGGGAUGAACAACCGCAAACAACGAAAGAAGCAGUUAAACGUUUGCUAAUUGAUCGUCAACUGGAGAUAGUUGCUGGUGGUUGGGUGAUGCCUGAUGAAGCAGUGUCACAUUGGAUGGCACAACUCACUCAAUUGACAGUGGGUCAUCAAUGGUUAAAAGAAAAUUUAGAUUAUGUUCCUACUACUGGCUGGGCUAUUGAUCCUUUUGGUUUGUCACCAACGAUGCCAUUUCUACUUAAGAAAUCGGGUUUGAAGAAUUUAGUCAUUCAACGAGUACACUAUGCUGUGAAAAAAAGAUUGGCGAGAGAAAAAAAUUUAGAAUUCUUAUGGCGACAAAUUUGGGAUAAUGAUGGUGAGACAGAACUUUUAACUCAUAUGAUGCCAUUUUAUAGUUAUGACGUACCACACACUUGUGGUCCAGACCCGAAAAUUUGUUGCCAAUUUGAUUUCUUUCGGCUUCCAAACUUUGGAUUGACGUGUCCCUGGAGAGUAGCACCUCAACCUAUUUCUCUAAAAAAUGUUGCUAAACGUGCAUAUUUACUGUUAGACCAAUAUCGAAAAAAAUCCCAACUAUUUAGAUCAAAUGUUGUGCUAGCACCUCUUGGUGAUGAUUUUCGUUAUGCACAAAGCGCUGAAUGGGAUGCUCAAUACGGGAAUUAUCAAAAGCUUUUUGAUUACAUGAAUACUAAUGAACAAUUGAAUGUUCAUAUUCAGUUUGGUACACUUACAGACUAUUUUGAUGCAGUCAGACGUGAGCUGAAUAUUAAUGAGCUACCCAGUUUAUCUGGUGAUUUUUUUACCUACGCUGAUGAAGGUGAAGAUUAUUGGAGUGGUUAUUACACCUCUAGACCUUUCCAUAAACGUCUUGAUCGUGUGCUUUUGGGAACACUUCGAGCAUCUGAAAUUAUAUCAUCUAUAGCAUGGGCUAGAGGUCAUCAUAAUUUAGCAGAAGGUAAUCUCGAAAAGCGUAUGAUGGAAGCACGACAAUGGCAUUCUAUUUUCCAACAUCAUGAUGGAGUUACUGGAACUGCCAGAGAUGAGGUUGUUCUAGAUUACGCUAACAAAAUGAUAUCUGCAUUGAAUAAUUCUGCUCAUGUUAUUCAACAAGCAACAGCGCAUUUAUUGAGAAAUUUCCCGAAUCAACCUCUUGAUUCUGAAUCUCUAUUCUUUUCUUUUGAUGAAAUCAGAUCUCAUCAAACAAGUAUUGGUGAAAGGCACGUUCUUAACUUUGAAAACGAUGCUUCGAAAAAAAUUGUCAUAUUCAAUUCAUUGCCACGACAAAGAACUAAAGUCAUCACUAUUAUUGUGUCGACACCUUUUGUCAGAGUGACAGAUCGAAUGGGCCAACCUGUAGAGUGUCAGAUAUCACCUGUUUGGCUUGGACAAGUGACACUUUCAUCAAGCAAAUAUGAACUAUCAUUUGUAGUAACAGUUCCUGGUUUUGGAAUUAAUACCUACUUAAUACGUGCUGUUUAUGGAACAUAUUUACCAGAAAAUGUUCAUUUAGCAAAUAUAACAAUUUAUAAUACCAUGACGUCCACCAUAGAUAUUCCUACAUUCCGUAAUGUACAAAUUGUACCCACAACUCAAGAAUUUUCUUUAGGAUAUCGUCCAAACUUUUCCGUGACAUUUGGAAAAUUCGGGCUUUUAAAAGCUGUCUCUGUAGAUAAUAGUAUAUUUCCAGUUCAUUUAGAAUUUGUUAAAUAUAGCACCAAUAAUGGUGGAAAUCACAGAAGUGGUGCCUACCUAUUCAUUCCAGAAAAACCUGAACCUGAUUUAAUUGAAAUUUCUCCAAAUAGAGCAGUUCAUUUAAUAAGUGGACCAAUAUUAUCACAUGUUUUUGUUGAUCUUCCACAUGUGCGACAUACUUAUACACUUUAUAAUUCAUCAGACAGUGAUGGAUUAGGACUUCACAUAGUGAAUGAAGUCGACAUAAGUGAAACACAGAAUUUUGAAUUAGCAAUGCGUCUCAAUACAGACAUCGUUUCAAAUGAGCACUUUUUCACGGAUUUAAAUGGUCUAAAUAUGAUUAGACGUCAAAGAUUUCAAAAACUACCAACACAAGGAAAUUAUUAUCCUCUACCUGCUGCUGCUUAUAUUGAAGAUGACAGAGUACGGUUGACGAUUUUAACUGGCCAACCAUUGGGAGUAGCAUCUAUGAAUUCUGGUCAACUCGAGAUCAUGCAAGAUCGUAGAUUAUUGCAAGAUGAUCGUCGAGGAUUAGGACAAGGAGUAACAGACAAUUUGUUGACAAAUCAUGUUUUCACUCUGAUUAUGGAGAAAAAGAAGCUGAUGUGUAAUUUUUUACCUACUAGCCAUCCAGGAGGAUUAUUAUCCAUUGGUGGAAUUUUAGCAAAAGAGGAUUUACUACAUCCUUUAUACACAAUGCAUCUCAAACCGUCAUCAUUGCCCGAUUUUAAUGGCUAUUAUUCACCUUUACGGUUUGAUCUUCCUAUAAAUUUUGAAAUUGCUAAUCUUAGAAUCCUUCCAGUACCUGAUGGUGUUGGAAAGGGUAUUGGAAUGAUACUUCAUCGUCAAGAUGUUGAUUUUUGUUGGAGUGAUAAAUAUACCUCAAAUUUUAACAUUUCGGAGACUGGUGAACUCUAUUUAAAUAAGUUCUUUAAUUUUAUGGAGGAUUGGAUAAUUAGUGAAGCAUCAUUAACAUUUUUGAAUGUUGGACCUUCAUUAAAAUUAUCAAAAAUUCAAUUAUGUCCACAUCAAUUAAUGGCAAUUUUAUUUCAUAAAAAUAGUAAUAAUUAAUAAGAAUAGUAUUUUUCAAAAUAUUCAAAUACAUAAAUCAUAGUGAUUGAAAUAGUAUUCACAGUAUCAUUUAUUUUCUUUACUUAAAAUUUCAUAAUCGAGAUUCUCCCAAUCAGGAGGAUUUGUCUUGUCCACUUUAUAACUGAAACAGUAUUAAUUAAUUGUGAAGUUAUAUGUGAACAAUACUUUUCAAUACAGAAUCAACCCACAAAAAUAAUUUUCUUCAUAUUAAGUCAGUUUGUUAAAUUUUUACUGUGGAUUGAAAGUGUAUUGUUUAAUAUAGUCCAUGUAUAGUUAUAUGUAUAUUUGAUAAUGAUUGAAAAUUUGUGAAUAAGAGCGCACAGUCAAAAUUUCUUACCCCAAGUGUUUGAAAAAUUCUCUGGCGUUAGGAUUAUGUUUUAAAACUGUGAGAACAACUUUUUUCAUAAGACUUUGAUUCGCUAAAGCUGCAAGAGUAUCCAUCAUAAAUCGCCCAAGGCCUUGCUUUACUACUCUUGGUUCUAGUUGCAGCUCAUAACUGUGAUGAACAUUAGAAAAAAGUUAAUUGAAUAAUGUUUUUUGUAAAGUAGUUACUACGUUAUUUAUUUUAACAGUGUACUAUUAAACAGUGAUGAAUUUACCAGUAAAGAACUUGUAUUUUAUCAUCUAAAUCAAAACGAAAAUGUGAAAAUCCAACUGGUUCAUUAGAAUGAAAUGCUAUUAAAUAACGAGCUGUGGGUUCUGUUAA